CCUUAACGGCGCGAAGGGCAGACCAGCAUCACAGUAGAAGUGGUAGCCCUCUCAAAAGUGUCAGUCACCAAACCAGUCAAACAUUCAAAUUCAAAGGUUUCGCCGGCGAAACCAUAAACAUCCAAUUAAAUUAGCAGGGCAGGCAGGCAGGAGGACACAGAGAGAGAGAGAGAGAGAGAGAGAGAGAGUGUGUUUAUCAGAAGGACAGGAAAACAAAAGGAGAAUAUGUCAGUGAGGACAUUCGUCAAACACCUGAGACACAUCACUUGUUCUAGUCGCUCCCUCGCGCACCUCUCCUCGCACCAUCAUCUCCCUCGCUCCCUCGCACACCUCUCCUCGUAUCUGUGUUAUUAUUCAUCAUCAGUUUUGAAAGAAGACCCAAUUGAAGUGAUCUCAGAGCUCUGGGUCCGAGCCCACCACCACCAAACCACCCCACAAAAACCUUUCACCAACCUGACUGGAUUCCUGGCAAAGCUGGAGCUGUGGGUCUUGGCCUACCAGCGCACUUGCGCCCACUUCACCGGCUCCUUCCCUCCCCGCUACGCCCUCCACUCCCACCACGUCCUCCCCCACCUCCUCUCUCUCCGCAACGCCGUCCUCCGAGGCCACUUCAUCUGGAACGCCAACAUCGACCUCCACAUUUACAUUCGCAGCCCAAAUCACAAACCCACCAAUCCCCCUUUUCAAGACCACCUUGUUCAGGAACUCCUCUUGCUAAUUCUCGAACCCAUUUUCGAGUCUCGCUUCUCUUCCAAAUCACACGCCUUUCGCCCUGGCCGCAAUCCUCAUACCGUUAUUCGCACUAUUAGGAGCAACUUCGCCGGCUUCCUUUGGUUCUUGAAAGGCGAUGUUACUGAAAUUUUUGAAGACAUCGAUGUCAAUGUGUUGAUGGGUUGUGUCCAAGAGGCUGUCAAGGAUAAGAGAGUUCUGGGUUUGAUCAAAUUGGCACUUAGUAGUAGAGCAUCCACCCCUGUAAAAAAAGAGAAUGAUAGAUCAUCACAAUGUGGUAGUGGAGGUAAACAAGAGUUUGGAAAGAAGAGGAAGAAGAAGAAGAACAAAAUUGGUUCAAGGAAGAAAAAGAUCCUAAAUGAAAAUGAGCCGAAACCAGACCCGUAUUGGUUGAGAACUUUCUAUAGUUUCGCACCCGAGGAAGCUGCAAAGGUACCCAAUUAUGGUUUUUGUGGAAUUCUUAGUCCUUUACUUGCUAAUGUAUGUCUUGAUGAAUUGGAUCGCAUGAUGGAAGAGAAAAUUGUCGAGUUUUUUAGGGCAUCCAAGCUUGAUUCGAUUUGGAAAGAUUCAAUUGAUGAUGCUAGUCAUAACCCUUCUUGGCCAGAAUUCGUUCCUUCCAGUGGGAAGGACAGAACAAGGAAAAUGGAUUACAUUCGGUAUGGUGGUCAUUUCUUAAUUGGGAUUCGAGGACCUAGGGAAGAGGCAGUGAGAAUUCGCAAGGAAAUAUUUGAGUUUUGUGAGAAGAAAUAUGGGUUGAGGUUGGAUAAUUCAAAGGUGGAGAUAGAACACAUCAGUAGAGGAAUUCAGUUCUUGGACCAUAUAAUUUCUCUCCGGGUGAUACACCCAACUCUUCAUUACACUGCAACUGGGGGUGAAAUUGUGAGUAAGAAAGGUGUCGGUACUUUGCUUUCAGUCACAGCUAGCUUACAACAAUGUAUUCGUCAAUUUAGGCAGCUUCAGCUCGUUAAGGGUGAUAAGGAUCCCGACCCACUGCCGUGCACUCCUAUGCUCUAUUCAGGUCAAGCUCAUACUAACGCACAGAUGAAUAAGUUCCUUGAAACCAUGGCAGAUUGGUACAGAUUUGCCGAUAACCGCAAAAAAAUUGUUGCAUUUUUUGCAUAUGUGAUUCGUAGUUCUCUGGCUAAACUAUAUGCUGCAAGGUAUAGAUUGAAAUCUCGUGCCAAGGUGUACAAGAUAGCUUCACGUGAUCUCAGUCGUCCAUUGAGGGCAAUUAGUAACAGUUCUGUUCCUGAAUAUUUGGAUCUUUUGAGGAUGGGACUUGUUGAUACCAUUGAAGGUGUACAGUUCUCUCGCAUGUCUUUGAUACCUUCCUGUGAUUACACUCCAUUCCCAAGGAAUUGGGUCCCGGAUCAUGAGAGGGUGUUGCAUGAGCAUAUCAGAUUACAAGAUCCAAAAUUCUUUUGUGAAUUGCACAGAUCAGUCAAACAAGAGGGUUUAAGCAUGCCACAAGAUGAGAUAUCUCAGAUUUUAUGGGACUGCAAAACACUUGGAGUACAGAGCUUCUUGUCUAAUCGUGAAAAAGAAAUGAAAAAUGCUUCAAAGAAUGUAUUGGUUCCACCAUAAAUUCAGUAAUGGAAUCAGAAAAUCAAAUAGUUCCUCAAAGGAAAUUAAUGGCAGAUGGUCUCUGGAAGCAGGUUUCCACAGAAGGAUCAUGAGCAUUGUCCACCUGCCUCAACAUACUAAGGUCAGUUGCACACUAAGGAUCAUGAGCAUUGUCCACCUGCCUCAACAUACUAAGGUUCUUUUUGGGUUUACACUCCACUCAUGAAGAACUAUGAUGGAACUAGUCGUGUAUUCAGUUUUGUGUUAUGAUCAUCGCCUCUGUUUGGACCACACUGUGGAGUAACAUCAGACCAAGUCUUUGUGAGUAAUAUCUUUAUAAAGUAGCUCGAAUUGCUUUGGCGAAGCCUGAGAAGGCAAGAGGAGUUGAGGAUGUUCUAACCAAGGCUGCUCAAAUGGGUCAGACAGCUGAGAAGUUGAAGUUUGUAGAGUAGCAGUGUACUUGGUGCAUAUAUAUAUAUAUAUAUAUAUUCCUUUUCUUUUUCAGUCGUUUAAAAACUCUCCAGUCAACAAUAAUAACACAUGAUAACAACAUGCUUGAUUUAACAUUAUAUGCAUAGGUUUCUGAGGAGAGGCUCCUAUCACUGUUGGAACAAAUCAAUACCCAAACAGAAACAGACAAAACACAUAACUUGCUUCUUGUUUCCAUGACUUGAAAAUCUUUGAAACAUUUUCUGCCUUUGUGUUGAUGUAAUUAAUAUCUCAGAUCCAGAGGUGUUGUAGUGUUCUCGAGGAUGAUGACUAGCUGCAAUCAUCUCCAUCUGUAUUAAUGGUGUCCAAUUUAAUGAAA